AUGGCAAGGAUGAGGUGGGCACUCAGGCUGAUAAUGGAUUACACUAUACCACAAGAACCAACAUAUUACAGCAUGUAUGACUUCAUUCAUAUUGAUGAGAAGUGGUUUUAUUUGACUCAAAAAAACCAGAGAGUUUAUCUUGCAAACAAUGAACCCUAUCCACACAGAAGUGCAAGUUCAAGAACCAAGAUACCAAAAUUCAUGUUCAUGGCAGCAGUAGCUAGACCAAGGUGGGGUGAAAAUGGGGAUUGUGAUUUUGAUGGUAAAAUAGGCAUAUUUCCAUUCACAGAUGCAGUUGCAGGCAAGAGGACAUCAAAAAACAGAGUAAAGGGGACCAUUGAAACAAAGCCAGUGAAGUCUGUAAAUCAAAUUGAAACAAGGGCAAUGGUGAUCAACAAGCUAAUUCCAGCAAUCAAGGCAAAGUGGCCACCACAUGAAGGGGAAAAGGUCAUCUAUAUUAUUCAAGAUAAUGCAAAGGCACAUACAUUGAAAGAUGAUCCAGAAUGGCAACUACACUACAAACAAGAUGGGUUCACUUUUGUGUUGACUCAACAGCCAGCAAACAGUGAUGAAGGACAUGUUUAG